AUGGACAGCUCGUCAUCUCAUCAUCAUCAGCAGCCGGAGAAACGACGCCGUCUAGAACGUGUAUCCGCAGCAUGUGAUCUCUGCAAAACGCGAAAAGUGAAAUGCAACGGCCAAUUACCUUGUUCCUAUUGUCAGAGGAAGAAUCGAGCGGAUACAUGUUCCUUUUCCACGCCGAGGACGCGUGGCGAGGGCCCCGCCGUGAGAGUCUCACCGACCGCUGGAAAUACGCCUGUGAAUGGCUUACUGGGAGGUCCGACGCCGCAGCCCUCGAGGGAACAGGCGGGAAGUGAUCCGAGUUUACGGACGGAUUUUGAACCGGAUAGAGGGGCCGGGUAUGGGCCUGAACUUUCGCCUACGGGUAGUAGGGAUGGACAUCACGAGGUACGAUAUAUGGAUAUCUGGAAGGGUAUGGAGGAUCAGAGCUAACAUUUCAUGUGACAGGACACGGCUGUGCCCUUGGAAGCACGCCUGCUCCGCGAUGCUCAAGGUAAGGCUAUCUUCAUAGGAGACUGCGCGCCUCUGUCCUUCUUGCAGACAGUAAGGCAUUUGAUCGCUUCCGAACUCGACCCUCACGAAUUCCCUGCUCAGACUGCCAGAGAUUCCGUGAUUGAAGUCGCCCAACCCGCGGCCGUGGAAGAACAGCAGGCGUCGACGAUUGCCGUCCCAGCGUUCUCCGAUGUCGAACCACUGUUCAGACAGUAUCUCAUCGCUACUAAUGGCUUGGUCGACCUGUUUGACCGGGACAAGCUGCUUGCAGACCUCCAGAGCUGGGCGAGCGGAAUGGCAGCCUCGAAGCAGGGGGUCGUACUUGCAACUUGUUAUCUCGUCUUCGCGAUCGGUGCUCAAGAGAGCGACGAGACCAAAGCCGAGAUCUGGCUCAAGCAUUCACAAGCGAUGCUGCUCCAGAACAUGUGUAGCAGUAUGACGGUCGCAACCGUUCAGGGCUUUGCACUUCUCGCUGUAUACAUGCUAAGAGCCUUUCAACCAAAUGCGGCAUACCUAUACUUCGGUAUGUGCAGCCUAUGAUUGUGAUACAGACACCACAAUCACUUCUAACGCCAAUACGCAGCGCUGGCUUCACGCACUGGAUACGCUAUCGGUCUUCAUAGAUCGGAAGUGAACGCAUCCUUUGGACCAGAUGUCCACGCACUUAGGUCAGCUGCGCAGGCUUGCUUUCUGGAAGAGGAUUGCUAACUGCAGAGACAGAGAUCGAAUUUGGAAAAGUCUGCGAGUGGUUGAUAUGCUCAUAAGUAACAUUUUGGGACGUCCACCCUCGACCUCGGACGUAGACUGCACUGUCAAAUAUGGGGGCGUGUCUGAAGCCACAGCAACACCGGCACAUGUCCUCGAUGCGAGCGUCCACAUCUUCAUGAUUAUUGAAAGAGUGGUCGUGGAGGUAUACUCACGGAAGCGAAUCUCUCUGCGCAUAGCCAAUUAUGUCUCGCAUCAGCUGAAAGGCUGGGCAUCUCGCUGGGUAAGUUAUUAUCGCCACAAGACAUUUCCAUGCAACCUUCAUAUUUUAGCCGCGAAUGGAAGCAUGAUAAUAGCUUCUGCUAUAUUAUAUAUAUCAGCUAAUGCUCUACUUUCUGCAUUGCAGGUCCGACCCUUCCGAGAAGCCAUCAACACUCGCAACGAGAAUGCUGCUAGUCAAGAAGUCCUGGUGGGAGCUUGUCAGAACCUCUGUUCUUAUUUUUACGGCAUCAUGCUUUUAACAAGACCGUUCUUGAUAUAUGACUUGUACGAGUAUCUGGGAGUAUCAUUGCGCGCACCGGGCACUCAGGCCGAAAAUAAAGAGAAGAGACGCUUCGCCGAUGCUGCUCUGGACGCAGCGGCUGCGUUUGUCGAAACGGUGCAGACAGCGAUCAAAGCUCGCCAGAUGCCUACAAGAAUGCCUCUUGUUGUGUGAGUCGUUGAUAAUGAUCCUUGUGCAAACACAGUUGACAUGAGAUAGAUCUUGGCUAUUUACGACAUCCUUGGUACUAGCUGUUGGCAUCCUUGGUCGUUCUGGCCUCUCCCUCGAAGAUAAUUGUCGAGCAUCCAUCCGUUGCUUAGACUAUUUUGCAAAGGUCGACCCGCACGCCCAUCAGUAUUCGGCCAUUGUACACGCGCUCCUCAAAACAACUACCCAGCAUGUCAAGAAACGAGAGGACGAAAUGCAUUCCCAACGGAAACAAGCGUCUUCUCAACUGUUUGGGUUGUUUCCAGAUGAGCCCGACCAGCAGGACGCCGAAGAGCCUCCUACGGCCUCUGCUGAAGUUCAGCAGCAUCUGCAUACUACAUUGUCUAAUCAAUAUCUCUCAUCGUCAAGCGUUGCCGCACCUUCUGACUGGAACAUGUACGAUGCCGACUUUUUCGCCCUUCCAUGGGUUGAUGAGAAUGAUCUGGGCCUGCAGGAUUUUCUGCAACCCGGUCGUCACACUCUGGACGGAUCACUGGCAGAUAUUCCACUGUUUCCGAUGUACGAUCAAUCGGCCCAUGGGACUGGAGGCGAUUUCUGA